UCGGCGGCGCGAGUCGCAACAGGCGGCGGCGGGCGAGCGCGAGGACCGCGCGUGCGUGCAGGCUCGCUGGCUGCUCGCGCUCGGGCGGGCGGCGGGCUGAGGAGAGGAGUCCGGCCCCCGCCGUCGCCGCCGCGGGGGAAGCCCCGGAGCUCGCUCGGCGUCACCUUGAUCCCCGUAACUCCCGUGCCCCCUCCACCCCUGGCCGGGCCAUGGCGGAACGCGGAGGGGUGGGCGGUGGUCCCGGAGGCGCUGGGGGCGGCAGCGGCCAGCGGGGCUCUGGGGUCGCCCAGUCCCCGCAGCAGCAGCCGCCGCCGCCGCAGCAGCCGCCGCAGCAGCCGACGCCCCCCAAGCUGGCCCAGGCCACCUCGUCGUCCUCAUCCACGUCGGCGGCGGCUGCCUCCUCCUCGUCGUCGUCCACCUCCACCUCCAUGGCCGUCGCGGUGGCCUCGGGCUCCGCGCCUCCGGGCGGCCCGGGGCCUGCUCGCACCCCCGCCCCGGUGCAGAUGAACCUGUACGCCACCUGGGAGGUGGACCGGAGCUCGUCCAGCUGCGUGCCCAGGCUGUUCAGCUUGACCCUGAAGAAACUCGUCAUGCUAAAAGAAAUGGACAAAGAUCUUAACUCAGUGGUCAUUGCUGUGAAGCUACAGGGUUCAAAAAGGAUUCUUCGCUCCAACGAGAUCAUCCUUCCAGCUAGUGGACUGGUGGAAACAGAGCUCCAAUUAACCUUCUCACUUCAGUACCCUCAUUUCCUUAAGCGAGAUGCCAACAAGCUGCAGAUCAUGUUGCAGAGGAGAAAGCGUUACAAGAACCGGACCAUUUUGGGCUAUAAGACCUUGGCUGUGGGACUCAUAAACAUGGCAGAGGUGAUGCAGCACCCUAAUGAAGGUGCUCUGGUGCUUGGCCUGCACAGCAACGUGAAGGAUGUCUCUGUGCCUGUAGCAGAAAUAAAGAUCUACUCCCUGUCCAGCCAGCCCAUUGACCAUGAAGGAAUCAAAUCCAAGCUGUCUGAUCGUUCUCCUGAUAUUGACAAUUAUUCUGAGGAAGAGGAGGAGAGUUUCUCAUCAGAACAGGAAGGCAGUGAUGACCCAUUGCAUGGGCAGGACCUGUUCUAUGAAGAUGAGGAUCUAAGGAAAGUAAAGAAAACCCGGAGGAAGCUGACUUCAGCCUCUGCCAUCACAAGGCAACCUAACAUCAAACAGAAGUUUGUGGCUCUCCUGAAGCGGUUUAAAGUUUCAGAUGAGGUGGGCUUUGGGCUGGAGCAUGUGUCCCGUGAGCAGAUACGAGAGGUGGAAGAGGACUUGGAUGAGCUGUACGACAGUCUGGAGAUGUAUAAUCCCAGUGACAGUGGCCCUGAAAUGGAGGAGACAGAGAGCAUCCUUAGCACUCCGAAGCCCAAGCUCAAGCCGUUCUUUGAGGGGAUGUCGCAGUCCAGCUCACAGACGGAGAUUGGCAGCCUCAACAGCAAGGGCAGCCUCGGAAAAGACACCACCAGCCCUAUGGAAUUGGCUGCUCUAGAAAAAGUCAAAUCUACUUGGAUUAAAAACCAAGAUGACAGCUUGACUGAAACAGACACUCUGGAAAUCACUGACCAGGACAUGUUUGGAGAUGCAAGUACAAGUCUGGUUGUGCCAGAGAAAGUCAGAACUCCCAUGAAGUCCAGCAAAACGGAUCUCCAGGGCUCUGCCUCCCCCAGCAAAGUAGAAGGGGUGCACACGCCCCGGCAGAAGAGGAGCACUCCCCUGAAGGAGCGGCAGCUCUCCAAGCCCCUGAGUGAGAGGACCAACAGUUCCGACAGCGAGCGCUCUCCAGACCUGGGCCACAGUACACAGAUUCCAAGAAAGGUGGUAUAUGAUCAGCUGAAUCAGAUCCUGGUGUCGGAUGCAGCCCUCCCAGAGAACGUCAUCCUAGUGAACACCACAGACUGGCAGGGCCAGUAUGUGGCUGAACUGCUGCAGGACCAGCGGAAGCCCGUCGUGUGCACCUGCUCCACCGUGGAGGUCCAGGCCGUGCUGUCCGCCCUGCUCACCCGAAUCCAGCGCUACUGCAACUGCAACUCUUCUAUGCCAAGGCCAGUGAAGGUGGCAGCUGUGGGAGGCCAAAGUUACCUGAGCUCCAUCCUCCGAUUCUUUGUCAAGUCCCUGGCCAGCAAGACCUCCGACUGGCUUGGCUACAUGCGCUUCCUCAUCAUUCCCCUUGGUUCUCACCCUGUGGCCAAAUACUUGGGCUCAGUCGACAGCAGAUACAGCAGCACCUUCCUUGAUACUGGCUGGAGAGACCUGUUCAGUCGCUCGGAGCCGCCAGUGUCAGAGCAACUGGACGUGGUGGGGCGAGUGAUGCAAUAUGUCAGUGGGGCGGCCGCAACCCACCAGCUCCCUGUGGCUGAAGCCAUGCUGACCUGCAGGCAUAAGUUCCCAGAUGAAGACUCAUAUCAGAAGUUUAUUCCCUUCAUUGGCGUGGUGAAGGUGGGUCUGGUUGAAGACUCUCCCUCCACUGCAGGCGAUGGCGAUGAUUCACCUAUGGUCAGCCUCACUGUGCCCUCCACAUCACCACCCUCCAGCUCGGGCCUGAGCCGAGAUGCCACAGCCACCCCCCCCUCCUCCCCAUCCAUGAGCAGCGCCCUUGCCAUCAUGGGGAGCCCCAAUAGCCCUUAUGGGGACGUGAUUGGCCUCCAGGUGGACUACUGGCUGGGCCACCCUGGGGAGCGGAGGAGGGAAGGCGACAAGAGGGAUGCCAGCUCAAAGAACACCCUCAAGAGCGUCUUUCGGUCAGUGCAGGUUUCCCGCCUGCCCCAUGGCGGGGAGGCCCAGCUUUCCAGCACCAUGGCAAUGACCGUGGUCACCAAAGAGAAGAACAAGAAAGUUCCCACCAUCUUCCUGAGCAAGAAACCCCGAGAAAAAGAGGUGGAUUCUAAGAGCCAGGUCAUCGAAGGCAUCAGCCGCCUCAUCUGCUCUGCCAAGCAGCAGCAGACUAUGCUGAGAGUGUCCAUCGAUGGAGUCGAGUGGAGUGAUAUCAAGUUCUUCCAGCUGGCAGCCCAGUGGCCCACCCAUGUCAAGCACUUUCCAGUGGGACUCUUCACUGGCAGCAAGACCACCUGAGGCCCUGUCACCUGGCCAUUCUCCCUCCUGGCACUGCCACCCAGCCUCACCGCCUGCGGGCAGGGGGAGGCCAGCAGGCCUGGACCUAGCAUCCCCUUGCCUGGCACUGGGGCCUGCAUCUCACUUGCCCAGUCCUGAAGGAUACUGCCACUGGGGACACUGCCUACCCUCCCCCCGGCUCAGUUCCAUCCCUGUGCAGCCCCUCCUCCCUGCCUCUCCUCUUCCCCUCUUCUCCCUCCUGCUCCAGGCCAAGGGCAUGUUGAUUUUGCCUUCUGGUCCCCAUAAUCUCUGGCAUUGAGUCCUCUGAGUCUUCCUUCACCUGACUUCCAUCCUCUUCCCUUGUGGCACCAGUUCCCAUGGGAAACAUGGGAUCCUAGUCCACAGCAGGAGAGACAUCACCCUGUUCCCCCCACCACCAGGAUCUUGUUUUCUAAGGCCCAGGUGCCACUCACCCUGCCUGCCUCCUGUGGGGCCCAGAGCCACUUCCAGUCCUGGGGCGUUCUCCACCUCCCCACAGCGUCCCAGUGGAGAGUGACGGGCAACCUGAGCCCGAGGGACUCCCCUCCCCUGCAGCUCACAGGGGCAGGAGGUAACGCCCCCACCCCAUCCCCAAGACAUUUCUGCGGCAAUGUGGUGUAUUCUAGUUCUGGGAUGGAGGGGCCUUCCCAGUCUCCUAUGCACGACUUCUUCACCCACCUCCAGGUCCCCUAUAGGUGUCGUGUGUGUCCAGAGUGUUUCUUUGGUUCUUUGCACAGCCAAUCUCUUGGUUGUUCCGUGACUCACCUUGUGCCCCAGUCCCUGUCCUUGUGGCUCCUUCCCUGUUGAUAAUACCUCUGUCUCCCAGCCCCUCCACCCCAGCGCAGCUCUGCCUGGACUGUGAGAGACAGGAGGCAGAACCCCAACGGUGUACUGUCUGCAACUGUGUCCCAUUAUCUCCCUUUGCCACCGUGUCACUUUAUCUCCCUUUCCCCAGCCUGGGCAAAGGCAUCCCUUGCCACAGACUCGGGGUCUGAGCCCCUCCUUGGCCCCGACUCUCACCAUUCUCAGGAGAGGCUGAGGACACUGGGUCCAGCUCCCAGCCCCAGCCCUCCAGCCCCAGCCCCUCCUGAACUUUCCCCUGUCCUCUCGCUCUUUCCUAGAAGUUUUUGCACAGAACUUCAUUUGAAAGUGUUCUUCUCAUGCUCCAUCCUCCCCCGAGGCUCUCCUCCAGCCCCUCCCGUAUCUGGAGUGUCUCAGGCUCUGCUGCUCUCCUGCAGCCAGAGGCCAGAGAGGCAAGGUGGGGUGGGAGAGACCAGGCUGAUGUUGGAUUUUUCACUCAAUAAACUGGUGAUUUCUUACCAA